UAAAGGUUCUGUCCGUCUCAAUCGAAUAUUUUUUUAAACUUAAGAAACUAGCCUUAGGAAAAAAAAGUCUUAAUACUGCAAAAAUAUAGUGGUUUCAAAAAGUGUGUCAAGUCAACUUUGAAAUAUUGCUAAAGCAUUUCAGGAAAAUAAUAUUUCAAAGUAAAUAUAACCAAGUAUAUUAAAAUAUAUUACGCAUUCAGUUGCUACCUGAGUUACGAAGAGUGGAUAUUAUCUGAUGGACAGACAAACCUCGUGUACUAAAUCAUGCGAGAAAAUAAGCUUGUGGUCCUUGGUGCCGGAGGAGUGGGAAAGACAUCAUUGGUCGUCCAGUACCUUGAGGGCUUCUUCUCAUCCACCUAUAAACCUACAGUGGAGGAUUACUACCGACAUACCAUACAAAUGCCUGAUGGAAUUUUUCACACGGUAGAAAUACUCGAUACUUCAGGAUCUCACCACUUCCCAGCCAUGAGAGAACUCAGCAUUCGGUCGGGUCGGGGGUUUGUACUGGUCUUUAGUGUUGACGAUCUCCAGUCUUUCCAUGAAACAUUACAUAUAUGGGAGCUAAUCUCGAAACUCCGAGGUCCUGAAGUACCUGUUAUCCUUGUCGGAAACAAGUCCGACCUGACUACUGAGCGGAAGGUGCAGAAAGAGAAAGCUCAACAGAUAGCAAAGGACGUAAUGAACAACUGUCAGUACAUCGAAACUAGCGCUAAAUACAAUCUGAACGUCGGAGACCUUUUUCAAGAACUAUUAUUGCAGGCCAAAGCAAGAGAACAGCCUCCGAACCCUGACCCAUCAGAGCGUCGAUAUUCAAGACGGCUGAGUCGGCGUCUUAGUUCGCUGGGGUCUCUGCCUGGGCUCAGCAUAAGAAGAAAGUCCAAUGUCUCGAGAAUCACUACGGAUGACGACCCCAAGCGGCAAGCACAGAAAUGUGUAUUGCUGUAAAAUGUAGAAUAAGGCUGACAAAUUUAAGUAUAAGAAAAUGUAAUCAAAAUAACUAGUACUUAAAAAUUAGAUGACUGUUUCAUAAAACAAAUUGAGAUAAAUGAAAUAUAUUUAAAGUUACGCUUACAUAUGUGAU